CGUUAACGAAGUGGUGAAUUCAAAUCAUUGAAAAUGACUAACUCAGGACAAAACUGUAAAAUAAUAGUGAUAAUUUCCUGCUUGGUAAAUCUACUACUAGCGAUAGUAUUCGGAUUUUUACUUGCAUUAAACUGGGAAAAAGUGGAUACAUACUUUCGGUUUUCAAAAACCGACACUCCACAGUCGAUUAUCGGAAAUGUAAGCGGCGAUGGAGAGUUACAAACAAAAGACUCGGUUUGUUUUUCGUGUGACUAUUUGGGAAGUGGUGUGAGUGUUAACGAGACACUUUAUGAGAAAAUUGUUACGACCGAUUGUCAACACAAGUUAUGCUGCAUUAAAAACAGUGUGAUUCAUGAUUUUGUACAAGCGUCUCUAAAUCAGGACAAGGACAAAGGAAAUGAUUCAUCAAUCAGGGAUUCGUUUACCUGGUGGAGAAACAGACCUAAUUCAGCACACCUUUACCUGGACAGGGAGAAUCCCGUUACAAAAGAAAACAAACUGCGGUGGAUAGCAGACGAUUCGUAUGGUACAGCAUUUGCACAGGACAUUGAACUCAUGAAUGGUACGCACAUGCGCAUCAAAACACGUGGCGUGUAUUUCAUCUACAGCUCUACGACGUUUGAUCACACUGGACAGGACACUGUUGAAACCCUGUAUCAAAGUAUAAUCAAAUAUCACCCCAUGUUGCCCAAGACAGGAGAUGUUGACCUCAUUUUCAGUAAGUUUGGGGGGUCACCUGACUCCGAUAGACAUCAUACAAAUUUCCUAGCGGGCGUGUUCGAUUUGCAACCUGAAUAUCGCAUUGCCAGCCCCCUCUCUCAGAGUGGACACAAGUUUCUGGACAAAUCUUCGGUAAUAAAAAAUUACUUUGGAAUAUACAAGUUAUAAAUGUAUUGUUUUCAAACAACUUUUCAAUAUUUUGAAGACGUGCUAUAAAUUACACUUAUGACAUGUGAGACCCUCUAAAGAUUAAUUGAAGCUGGGAAUGAUAUCGCAAGAAACUUACCUCAGAUGUAUUCUUUGGUACAAUUAAGAUGCAAAGAAGAGAGGGUCUGGCUGUGGUCCCUCCCCUGCAUUGGGUGAUUGCAGAUUGAGUCAGCUCCCUAGCUGACUUUUAGGGUCUGUGUAUCAUCAAUUGCCAUUUUAUUCAUUGAUUACAACUUCAAAUUGUACCACAAUAAGAAGAAUCAAACUUGUUUUUGUUAUAACGUUAGCUGUUUAAAAUGUUUAUUGAUUUAGUAAAAAACCAGUUGAAGAGAACGAAGUCAAAUCAUUUUGAAAUUGGGCAAACUUUAUACAGAUUUAUAAUUUUUUAUAAAUAUGGUAUAAAUGAUUUAUUCUUCUAGGAAAAACAUUGCUUUUACACAAGAAACAUUGGCUAAAAAAUGGAUUAUUCCCUUUUUUUAAAGACUGUGGCAACUUAUUUUUUUACAACUAUAUUUUUCAUG